AUGUCGCAUCCAGGAAACGAACAACAGUUUGCCUCGGAAGAUGAAGAAGAUUUUAAUCCUGCGCCGGCUGGAGAUUCUGAGCCAGAAGCUGAAGAUGACCAGCAAGAUAAUCGCAGCGGCGGAAAACACAUAGAUAACGACGAUGGACAAGAGGUCGGUAAAAAUAAAAAAGAAGAUGAUGAAGAAAAUGGAGAUGAAGUGAAAAAGAUGAAUGAUGGCGAAAAUGGUGACUUGAAUACUAAUGAAUCGCAACAGGCCAGAGGUGAAGAUGAAGCCGGUGUCGAAGACGAUGAUGAAGGGGAGCCCGAAGGAGAUAACGAGGAUGACGAUGAAGAGGAGGAAGAGGAGGAAGAGGACGAGGAAGCAGUUACUGGUCGCCCUCGAAAGCGCAGAAGACAUGGACUCGGCGCUUUCUUCGAAGAAGAAGCAGAGGUAGAUGACGAAGAUGAAGCAGAAGAUGAAGAAGACGAAAUCGAAGCCGGCUUCGUCCAUCAUGACGAUGAGGUUGUCCUACCCGCUGGCGCAGAAACGGACGAUAGGCGCCAUCGUGAACUCGAUAGAAAGCGUGAUAUGGAUGCAACGAUGGAUGCGGAGCAGCAGGCGCAAGCCCUGAAAGAACGAUAUGGCCGAAACCGUGCCUCCGGAGCUGACCUUGUCGUUGUCCCCAAAAGGCUUCUCCUACCUAGCGUGGAUGACCCGAGCAUAUGGGGUGUCAAGUGUCGACCAGGCAAGGAGAGGGAGAUCGUGUUCAGCAUUAUCAAGCGUAUGGAAGAGCGGCCUCUUGGUUCACGAAACCCUAUCAAGAUCAUAUCUGCUUUCGAGCGUGGUGGAACUAUGGCUGGUUACAUCUACGUGGAAGCCCGGAAACAAGCUGAUAUCAUUGAUGCCUUGGACGGAAUGUCUAAUAUCUACGUCAGGUCUAAGAUGACUUUAAUCUCGGUCAAGGAAAUGCCUGAUCUACUCCGAGUGAAAAAGUCAGAGGAGCUUACCCCGGGAGGCUGGGUUCGAAUCAAGCGUGGACGAUACCAAGGGGACUUGGCCCAGCUUGAAGAAGUCGAGACAAAUGGGCUUAAUGUUACCGUUAGACUUGUUCCUCGUUUGGAGUACGGACUCAACGAAGACAGCAAUGCUCCUGCGCUCGACCCCAAGCGCAAGAGGAUUGGAGGAGGGAGCAGUGCGAUUGCCAGGCCUCCUCAACGCUUGUUCAGUGAGGCAGAAGCAAAGAAGAGACACUCCAAGUACCUCUCUGCUACAUCUAGCUUAGGAGGCAAGUCUUGGUCUUAUCUCGGUGAUACUUAUGUUGAUGGCUUCCUUAUCAAGAACAUGAAAGUUCAACAUCUCAUCACCAAAAAUGUUAACCCUCAACUUGAUGAGGUGACAAAGUUCGCUCGUGGUGCGGAUGAUGGAACUUCGAAUCUCGAUCUUGCAUCUUUGGCUGCCACAAUCAAGAAUACAACCGAAGAGGAUGCUUAUCUGGUUGGAGACACCGUCGAAGUCUUUGCAGGCGAACAGCGCGGCGUCGUUGGGCAGACAGUAGCAACCCGCGGCGACAUUGUCACCAUCAAAGUCACGCAAGGUGAACUGCAAGGCCAGCACAUUGAUGUGCCGACUAAGGGUCUCCGAAAGAGAUUCAGCGAAGGUGAUCAUGUCAAAGUGAUCGGAGGGAGCAAGUAUCGCGACGAAUUGGGUAUGGUUGUUCGGAUCAAGGAUGACCGAGUUACCAUCCUUACAGACAUGACGAUGCAAGAGAUCACGGUGUUUAGCAAGGAUUUGAGAGAAGCCGAUGACAUUGGGGUUGAUGGAAAAUUGGGCCAGUAUGAUGUCCAUGAUUUGGUACAAAUCGAUCAAACAACGGUUGGGUGUGUGGUGAAACUUGACAGAGAGUCAAUGCGAGUCAUAGACCAGAAUGGCUCAACCCAGAUUGUGCUUCCAUCACGGGUUUUGGGCAAGAUCGAACACCGACGACAUGCUGUCACCACUGACCGAAAUGGCUCUGAAAUCAAGUGUGGAGAUACCGUGAAAGAGGUGACUGGCGAGCAACGGACCGGCACCAUCUUGCAUAUCCACAGAGCGUUCCUCUUCUGCACUAGCAAGGUUGUGGGAGAUAAUGCUGGUAUAAUGGUCACUAGAGCUAUAAACGUUACUACCGUGGCCACCAGCGGUUCUAAAUUGGGUAGGUCUGCCCCAGACCUGUCAAAGAUGAAUCCGGCUUUGCAGAAGAACGGUAUGAACGGUUCUGGAAUGCCACCACCGCGAACAUUCGGCAGGGACCGACUUGUUGGAAAGACAGUUCAUAUUCGAAGGGGUCCGUUCAAGGGUCUACUAGGUAUUGUCAAGGAUACAACGGAUAUCAUUGCUCGAGUCGAGUUACACUCCGUUUCAAAAGUCGUACCCGUUGAAAAGGAGAACCUCUCUGUCAAGGAGUACGUAUUAUUAAUCAUUCUCUAUUUUAUUCUGUCCUCAGCUAACCCACAUAUACGCAGCCCGAUUACUGGGCAACCUGUAGAUAUCAACCGGUUUGGCGGCAGAGGGGGUGGUGCUCCGAGAGUGCCACAAUCCAUGGCGACAGGAAGAGCUGGUCCCCAAGAUGCUGCAUGGCAAGGAGGAAGAACACCGAUUGCUAUGGGCGAUUCGUCUCGUACACCAGCCUGGCGAGCGUCAUCUUCUCGAACCCCUGCUUGGAAUGCCGCUGUAGGAUCUCGCACUCCCGCUUGGAAGGCGGAAGGUUCUCGUACCGCCAACCCUUAUGAUGGUAACAGAACCUCUUACGGCGGGUUUGGUGGACGUACUCCAGCCUGGACUUCUGGAACAAAGACCCCUCACGAUGCUGGGUCCGGGUUCUCAGGAGGCUCUUCUAACUCAGGCUUUGACGCCUUCAUGGCCGGCUCUCGAACGCCGGGUCAUCCGGGUGCAAUGGCAGCAAACAGCGGCUCCCGUACACCUGCCUGGGGCCACUCUGGAAGCUCCAGCUCACAUCUCAGCGCCAAUGCUGGCAGAGCGUUCGAUGCUCCUACUCCUGGCGGUGACUAUGCAGCUCCAUCUCCUGCACCAUUCGGCAGUGCUCCAACUCCUGGAGCAACAGCUGCUACUCCUCGUGCAUGGCCGGAUAAUGCACCUACACCUGGUGCUUCAACGUUUGCUGGGAAACGUAUGGAUGGUGAUGCGUAUGAUGCGCCUACGCCUGCCGGUGAUCAUCGACCAUAUGACGCACCAACUCCUGCAAUAGGGAUGGGAUUCCCUGCUACACCUGGCGCCAUGGACGAUGCACCUCGAUAUGCAGAGGGCACUCCAAGUCCAUGA